CCGGGUGAUGCGCGCAGGGCAGUCCGCGCGCUCAGACGCACUGACACUGGCCUGAACCUCCCGGACACACGCUGCCAACUCGCGAGGAGCGGGCGGUGGGCUCCGCAGCCCUGACGUCACGCCCGCCCCCACCCCCGAGUGAGCCCAGGCCCGGUGCCCCUGAAGACAUGGAGUUUGUGUCUGGAUACCGAGAUGAGUUCCUUGACUUCACUGCCCUCCUCUUUGGCUGGUUCCGAAAGUUCGUGGCAGAGCGUGGGGCUGUGGAGACCAUCCUUGAGGGACGCUGGCAACAGCUGGAGGCUCAGAUCAGAAGGCUGCCCCAGGACCCUGCCCUUUGGGUGCUCCAUGUCUUGCCCAACCGUAGUGUGGGCAUCAGCUUGGGGAGAGGGGCAGAGCCAGGUCCUGGACCAGGCCUGGGGGCUGGCUGGUUUCUGGGAGAUGAGCCCCCACUCCACCUUCGAGACCUAAGCCCCUAUGUCAGCUUUGUCAGUUUGGAGGAAGGGGAGGAAGGGGAAGAGGAGGAGGAAGAGGAAGAAAAUGGAGAGGACAAUGCAAGCACAGAGAAGGUAGAACCAGAGGAGGAUGGGGAGCCAGCCCAUGGGAGCAGGGAGUCCCCCCAGGAAGCAAAUCCUCCAGGGGAGCCAGAGGAGUCUGAGCAGGAGGCAGGAGGUGCUGAGGAUGGCUGCCGAGAGGACAGGGCGGAAGACAGAACUGGGACGGAGAGGAGAAAGGGACGGAAAAGUGAGGCUGCCCCCCUGCACCUUUCCUGCCUCUUACUGGUGACCGAUGAACAUGGCACCAUCUUGGGCAUUGACCUGCUAAUGGAAGGAGCCCAGAGGAGUGCAGGCAAGGGCUCAGAGACAGAGAACCUGGCUCCUCGGGCCUAUGCUCUCCUCUGCCACAGCAUGGCCUGCCCCAUGGGCUCCGGAGACCCUCGAAAGCCUCGACAGCUUACUGUGGGAGAUGCCCAGCUACAUCGAAAGCUGGAGAGUCUGGUCCCCAGGCUGGGAGUGAAGUUGGCCAAGACUCCAAUGAGGACAUGGGGUCCCCAGCCAGGCUUCACCUUUGCCUCCCUUCGGGCUCGAACCUGCCAUGUUUGUCACAAGCACAGCUUUGAAGUGAAGCUGGCACCCUGCCCCCAGUGUAGUGCUGUCUUGUACUGUGGAGAGGCCUGUCUCCGGGCUGACUGGCGGCGAUGCCCAGAUGACGUGAGCCACAGAUUUUGGUGCCCAAGGCUUGCAGCCUUCAUGGAGCGGACAGGGGAACUGGCGACUCUGCCUUUCACCUACACUGCAGAGGUGACCAGUGAAACCUUCGAUAAGGAGGCCUUCCUGGCCUCACGGGGUCUCACUCGUGGCUACUGGACCCAGAUAAGCAUGCUGAUUCCAGGCCCUGGCACCCCCAGGCACCCCCGGGGCAGCACUCCAUCUCUUGGCCUUCUUCGCAAUGGAGAUCCCUACCAGCUUCUCCAGGGGGAUGGGCCUGCCCUGAUGCCUCCUGUGCCUCCAGAUCCACCCAGGGGCCUCUUGGGCUCGUGGCAGGACUACUACGCAUGGCGGGGCCUCAGCUUGGACUCCCCCAUGGCUGUGCUUCUCACCUACCCACUGACUGUGUACUACGUCAUCACCAACCUGGUGCCCCAGUCCUUCCCUGAGCUCAACAUCCAGAACAAACAGUCGCUGAAAAUUCAUGUGGUGGAGGCUGGGAAGGAGUUUGACCUUGUCAUGGUGUUUUGGGAGCUCUUGGUCUUGCUCCCACAUGUGGCCUUGGAACUACAGUUUGUGGGUGACGGCCUGCCCCCAGAGAGUGACCAGCAGCAUUUUACCCUGCAGAGGGAUGGCCCUGAAGUAUCUGUCCGCCCUGGUUCUGGGGUAUCAGCACGGCUCAGCUCUGGAACUAAGGAGAAGGGGGGCCGAAGGGACCUGCAGAUCAAAGUGUCUGCACGUCCCUACCACCUGCUCCAGGGGCCCAAGCCUGACUUGGUUAUUGGAUUUAACUCUGGCUUUGGUCUCAAGGACACUUGGCUGAGCUCACUGCCCCGUUUACAGUCCCUCCGAGUGCCGGCCUUCUUCACUGAAAGCAGCGAGUACGGCUGCGUGAUGGACGACCAGACCAUGGCAGUGGCCACCGGAGGGGGCACCAGCCCUCCACAGCCCAACCCCUUCCGCUCCCCCUUUCGUCUCAGAGCCGCCGACAACUGCAUGCCCUGGUACUGCAACGCCUUCAUCUUCCACCUAGUCUACAAGCCUCCGCAGGGCGGCGGCGGGACCCGCCCGGCGCCUGGGCCGGGGCCUCCGGUCCUAACUCCGGCUCCUCCCGCCCCCGCCCCGGCCCGAAGGCGCCGAGGAGAAAAGAAACCUGGGCGGGGGUCCCGCCGGAGGAGGUGAAGGAUGAGAGAUAGCGGUCCGCCCCCCAACUCCCCCAGCAGGUCCCGGAAAGGGACACAAAACACGCAAGGCCGAGGGGGAGGUGGGCUGGCAGAACACGGAAAAGGUAAAUAAAAUUGCUUGUU